AUGUAUUCUAAGAAAGAUCAAAGGUUCUACGUUCCAACUCCUGGAUCAGAUUACUUUUACUCCUUGGAUCCUAACUCCAAGGAGAAUGACCAUCCCGAGUUCGUUGACAUGUUUCCUGACUAUCUUCCUGAAGAGCAUUUGGAUCACGAUGCGGACGAGAUAAACUCGUGUGCCACAACAGUCCACUUUGUGGAGGUAGCUUCAGGCGAACAAUUCUUCGUCAAAUGGUUCUUUAAGGACCAGCUUGAGAUAGACGACAAAGGGUUGGAACAAGUUACCAGAAGAACAAGGCAGUUCAUGGUGUAUAGAGCAGAGGAUCAUCCUCGUAUAGAAGAACAUCGUAAAGAAUUGUCAUACACAGAAGACAUUGGAGACUUCUGUAUCUUUCUUGGACAAGGUGAACCUUUUUGUGUCCGAGCUAGCAUGCAUCCUGGUCUCAGAGCUAAUUACAUCUAUUUUUCGGGAUAUAACUUAUUAACUUUGGUGCUUAUGACAUCACCAACAGAUGUUGCAAUAUCUUUUACACUAAGUUAUACAAUAAAGGGUGUGUACCAUUAA